UUUGGACCACCUUCUGGAAGAAGCUUUGUCUUACUGCCUUCUUCCCAAGGCAAAGUCCAGUACCUCCUCUGGGCUCCUACAAUCCUCACGCUCAUCCUCCUAGCCCUUACUCCACUGUGCACUGGGUCCAAAUUGCCUGGGUGUGAAUUAAACCCCAUAAAACCCCACCCCCAGCCUGACAGCCUGGAGACAAGGACUUUUUGAGGAAGUUCUCAAUAAGUUACAGAAUAUUAUUACUCCAACAACACGGAGAAGGAAAUGACAACCCACUCCAGUAUUCUUGCCUGGAAAAUCCCAUGGACAGAGGAGCCUGGCAAGCUAUAGUCCAUGGGGUUGCAAAGAGUCAGACACGACUUAGCGACUAAACCACCACCGACAACACAGCAAAGGAGAAAUGAGCAUCAUUUUAAGGAUGAAUCUACUUUAUUUUUGGCCGUGCCGCGCAGCAUACAGGAUUGAACCUGCCCCCGUGCAGUUGGGAAAGUGGAGAAUCUUAACCACUCGGACUGCCAGGACACACCAUGCUGACCGGCGUGACCGAUGGGAUCUUUUGCUGCCUGCUAGGCGCACCACCCAGUGCAGUAGGGCCACUGGAGAGCGUGGAGUCCAGCGAUGGCUACACAUUUGUGGAGGUCAAACCUGGCCGCGUGCUGCGGGUAAAGCAUGCGGGACCCGCUCCGGCCCCGACUCCACCUCCACCAUUGUCGGACGCCGCCCAGGGGGACCAGUCCGGCUUGGUCCGUUGCCAGCGCAGAAUCACCGUGUACCGCAAUGGGCGGUUACUGGUGGAGAACCUGGGCCGGGCACCACGAGCUGACCUCCUGCACGGGCAGAAUGGCUCCGGGGAGCCACCAGCCGCCCUUGAGGUCGAGCUGGCGGACCCAGCGGGCAGCGAUGGCCGCUCGGUCCCAGGCAGUGCUGGGAGCGGCAGUGGUGGGCGGCGGCGGCGAGCCCGCCGCCCCAAGCGGACCAUCCACAUUGACUGUGAGAAGCGCAUCACCAGCUGCAAGGGAGCCCAGGCUGACGUGGUGCUCUUUUUCAUUCACGGGGUCGGCGGCUCCCUGGCCAUCUGGAAGGAGCAGCUGGACUUCUUCGUGCGCCUGGGUUACGAGGUGGUGGCGCCCGACCUGGCCGGCCACGGGGCCAGUUCAGCGCCCCAAGUGGCCGCCGCCUACACCUUCUAUGCGCUGGCGGAGGACAUGCGUGCCAUCUUCAAGCGCUAUGCCAAGAAGCGCAACGUGCUCAUUGGGCAUUCCUAUGGAGUCUCCUUCUGCACGUUCCUGGCACACGAGUACCCAGACCUGGUGCACAAGGUGAUCAUGAUCAACGGCGGCGGGCCCACGGCCCUGGAGCCCAGCUUCUGCUCCAUCUUCAACAUGCCCACGUGCGUCCUGCACUGUUUGUCUCCCUGUCUGGCGUGGAGUUUCCUCAAGGCCGGCUUCGCCCGCCAAGGGGCCAAAGAAAAGCAGCUGCUGAAGGAGGGCAAUGCAUUCAAUGUGUCUUCCUUUGUGCUUCGGGCCAUGAUGAGCGGCCAGUACUGGCCCGAGGGCGACGAGGUCUACCACGCUGAGCUCACCGUGCCGGUUUUGCUCGUCCACGGCAUGCACGACAAGUUUGUGCCAGUGGAGGAAGACCAGCGCAUGGCUGAGAUCCUGCUCCUGGCCUUCCUGAAGCUCAUCGAUGAAGGCAGUCACAUGGUGAUGCUGGAGUGUCCGGAGACUGUCAACACGCUGCUCCACGAAUUCCUGCUCUGGGAGCCCGAGCCUUCGCCCAAGGCCCUGCCCGAGCCCCUGCCUGCGCCCCCAGAGGAAAAGAAGUAGCCACUGAGCUGGACGGGUAUCGCUUAGUGAGCCGAAGAGCGGGAGGAAGAGUCCCGAACCGGCUAGGGGUCUGCAGUGCGGACCAGGUGGGCGGGCCAUUCGCUCCGGUGGGCGGGGUCAGGUCAGGGAGACGCCCCCUGGCCGGCUGGGCCGGAAGACGCGGCAUUCGUGGGAGCCAAGUGGACACACCGCUCUCUGCUAGUCCUGUGGGGCCCAUCACUGUUUCAGGGCCGUGGCAGCGACCCCCGCGGAGGGUGACCUUGUACAGAAGCCCCAUCCCCCACAAUGCCAGGGCCGAGGCAGGCCGCCACCCCGCUGUCUUCCGUGUCCGUGUGCUUGAUUCUAGGACCCACGAGCCCCGCGGGGACUCUCGGGACCCCCGCCACCAUGCCCGAGACCCCUGACCCCCCCAUUCCUUGGCGCUGGGAGCUAUGUUGCCCAAGUGGGGAGGGCUUGGGAGGGGGCUAGAGCCACCGAACCUGCACAUCUCUUAUUGUAAUUCAAUAAAAAGAAGUGACAAUCUGA